UUUCAUUACAUCACAUAACACAAGUGAAAUGUUCAUUGGAUAGUUAUUAAAUUUUAAUAGUUGAAUUUAUGAGUCUAUGUAAACUAGACCACCAUAGAAAACCUGGACGAAACGGCCGUCUAGUGUUUCCAGGAUUUCUAUGGUGGUCUAGCUUACAUCGACUCAUGAAUUCAACUAUUAAAAUCACAACAAUUUCAAUAAAUCCCAUUCUGAUAAAAAGUUAUUUAAUUAUCGUUUUCAUAAAGUCGAUUUUUCAUUACUCUGUCAACAAAAUAGAAAAUAUUUAAACCAUUUAUUGAAAGAUUUCGAUGAGAUAUAUCAGAUAUUUUUAUAUUAAUACUUUGUCUGAAACUUUAAAUGUUUUGAAAUAGUUUAUUAAAUAUUUCAAGGUCACAACAUGGAAUAUUUUAAUUCAAACGCACUUUUGUAUCAUGUGAAUAAAUCACUAAAUAAAAAAACAAGAAAUUCAGUGGACCGAUGUGACUGCAGCACAUUUAUGAUUGAUAGUUGUCAUAUGCAUAAAUGUCAAAUAAAAUAUUCGUUCAAUUGUUUGGAUAGCUGUUCAGCUAAUACUGUUUUUUAUAGGUAUCACUUAUUUCGGUGUGGUUCAAUAUUAUUCUAUCAUUAUUAUGUAACUUUGUUAAUCUACAAAAUGUAUAAUGUUAACAUUGAAAGAAUUGCUCAUCAUUUCAUGAUAAACCAAUUCAUAAAAAUAAAUAUAAUGCUUUCAUUUGUUUCAUACUCCCGAAAUAAUACUUAUCUUCAAGGUGAGUUAAUUAACUAUAUUGAUACUAAAGGUGAUUUUAAGUAACAACAUCAGACAUUCUUAAAUUCUUGCUAGUUUCAGCGAUAGUUGAACGUUAUUAAUGUGUAAACAUCGUUUUUGUUCACUACUAAAUUAUCAUUUAAAAAGUGACUUUUAUAGUCAGACAUUUAUCAAUUACUUUAUUGUGAACAGUGAUAUGCAUU